GCACCUUUUCCUGGUCAAGAUCGACGCUGGCGGUCGGCUUUGUUAGAGAAGAAUUUCAUUCGUGAAUUUACUUUCGCAGUCGAAGGGAGUGCUUUCGUUUUAUUCGAGUCGACUGAUAAGCGUGAUCGGUUACGGUUUAGUCGAGCGAGUGACAGCGACAGGUGAUAAGUUCGAGGGUUUAAACGAAUAAUGAAGCAGUCCAGCAGGCCUUGGAUAGUGGUCGUUAUCAUAAGCGCCUUACUGCUGGGAGAGUUCUCUUCAAUCGUUAAAGGAUUCCCUCCUCGUCACGAAAGCGUCGGGUGUGUGAGGCACUCAUCAUCCCUGAACAAGUGCAUUCAGAAUGCAAUCCAGCACUAUGUCACGUACAUGUCCAACGGGAAAAUCUCCGACCGGAUAUACGUGAUGUCCAUCGAUCCGUUGGCCUUCCCGAAUGCUACCCUGGUGCGCAACCGAAACAUCCACACGUACUUCCAGAGCCGAGAAAUGCGAGGCUUUAAAAAUUCCUUCGUAACCGAUGUGAAGGCAGAUUUGAACAAAUUGGAGUUUUUGCUGCAGUUCCACAUGCCGGCUUUGGAUGUUCAUGGAUCAUAUAGGGCGGAGUUAGCCUCCGACAAACAGAUUGCGGAAUGGGCAAAAAUGUUCUCUUCGAUUCGUAACUCAACACUACGCAUUCACCUGAAAGGCAUGACCUACGAGAAUGAUGACCGGAUAUACGUGCGGGUCAACAUCACCGACUUCGACGUCAGCAUCGGCGACCACACGGUAGGUUUCGGUUGGUUCACCAUGAGCGGGAACUAUACGGAGCACAGUCAGAUGUUCGACCUGGAGCGGGGGCGCAACAUACUCUCGAUUGUGGAGAGCGAGUUUACGGAAAGUUUCCGGGAGAACUUCCAGCAGCUGUUGAACGACAUUUUGCGAUUAGCGCCGUUCGAGAGAUUUUUCCCAAGUCAGUGAGCAAAGCGACGGAACAAGGCGAUAAGAACGGAGACGACAGUGUCAAACGGGAGGUUAUCAGUCGACGGAUGUAAAUAGAACUUUAAUUGUAAUAAUAAACGAAUAUUUAUUUUUGUACAAA